GCGAGGGACGGGCACUCGAGCAGAGGCGUCGCCUCCGCCGAAGGGUGCGCCAGGAGGAGAGGCUGAGCGGGGGUCCGGCGGCCCCGCCGAGCACUCCUUGGGACUGCGCACCGGCUUCCAGCUCCACACGCAGCCCCAGUCCCGCGUCUCGGCCCUGCUGGUAGUCGGCGUUCCGCUCCGGUGCCCCUGGAGCAGCACAGCAGAGCCCUUCCCCAGCGCCGUGGCCCGGGCAGCCAGGCCUCGGAGCUGUCUGUCUGGGAGAGCCCUGCCAGCGCUGUGCGCGCACUGUGCCGGCAGCGCUGUGUUUCCGUGGUCCCUCGACCCCCCGAAUGGUGUCUCACUUGAGGGAACAGCCUGUCCGGGAUGUGCCUGCUCGUGGCCGGCUUUCCUCCAGCACAGCCAGCACUGCACCAAACUGGACCCAGCCGAGGGAUGCUGGGAAUUCCUGUCCCCGUGAGGUGUCACAGCCAGAAUACCCCUUCAGGUGUCCCAGCUGUUCCCGGGCUUGCUGCAGCCCCAAAAUGAUCCGUUUUGCAGCCCACUGAGGACACGUAAUUGCACUUCUCCCUCGGUCUGACCCUCCCUGCCAGAUCAGGAUUAAUGUGACAUCCUUGCUGGCUCGGCUUGGUCACUUCGAAGGUGGUGAUGACGCUGGCUGGGGCUCUGGGAUCCCUUCCCUGCCUGCCUGUGUGGGAUCCCUUCCCUGCCCGCCUCCCCUCCUCUGUGGGAUAUCCCCCUCCUACUGCAGAGCGACUGCAUUAUCCUCCUCCAAAUCCCUCUUCUGCCGUGACGUCUGCAGAGCACUUGACUGAGAUUAGUCUGUCAUGUGGAGGUUCUUACUCCCUUGCUGACCUGUGCUUCCCCUCCUGCGGCUGCUCUUGGCUCCUGUCUCUCCCUGCUUGUGCAGCUGGCGGCAGCACGGGCUCUGCUCGGGGCCCUGGGGGGAGCGUGGGACACGAGCAGUUCCUUGCUCUGUCUGCACUAACUUCUCCAUCACAGCUUCCUUCCCUGUGCACUGCCCUCUCCCAAGAGUGUUCCUGACACCUCCUGCGUUUCCCUGAAAGGAGUUUUUAACUGGAUCCUCGUUGUUAUUUUGAGAGCUGUCAGUGGAGCUAAAGGUUUUGUGCCUCAUCAGUGGAGCGUCCAGCUGCAGAGCUGUGAGGCCACCAGGAUCAGAGUUCUCCUGGGUGCAUCCCAAAGUCCUGCCUGGACUGCCCUUCAGUGCCUGUGUUUUAUUUAAAGCCAUAACUGGUGCUUUUGUGCCAGGCAGGCAGCUGCGCAGUGCCCCGAGCGUGAUCCCAGUGUUGUCCCUCGGGCCAUUGUGCACUUGGCCCUGGUGAUGUGUGUUUCCUUCAUACCGCCCUGCUUGAAUUUCCUGCUUCCUCCUCACUUGGCAGCGAGUGCCCUUGGAUCCACACCAGUUUGCUGUGACAGCAAGGCGCGGACCGUUGUUCAAACAAGGGAACAGCAAGGAGCGGUGCUGCCUUGCCACGGCAUUCAGCAUCGAUGAAGCACAACUGGAACAGCCUCCAGCCCUGCUGCCAGGUCUCCAGGAGGAAGCUGCAGCUUUGGCAGGGACUCAGAAUCAAUUUUUUGAGCAGCAUCAAUUAAGAAGCUGAGAAAUUGGAGUUGACGCUGGGAUGGAGUUGAGGUGUCGGGGGUUGUUUUUCCAGUAAUUUGGACCUUUUUGAAGCACCUGCUUGCCUAAUGCCAUGAAUAUUGCAGUGAACAAUGAGGAAGAAAAAGCUGUCCAUUCCUGGUCGAGAAUUUCCUCUGCAGGACAAAAAGUGCUGGAGGAGGCCCUCCGAGUCUUCAACCCGAUGUCCAAGGACCUUUCGGACACAGAGACCCAGCUGGUGGCCUUCAUCCAGGGCCUGAAGGAGGAGGGCUACCAGCCCACGAUCCUGAGGAGUAAGGAUGUGUACGGGUACAGCUCGUGCACGGCGGACACCCCGAGUCAGGCGAAGGAGAGCAGCCCACACGGCUGCGCCAGCACCGCCAAGUCUGUGCAGAGUCCGGCCCGGAACGCCACAGCCAUGGCAAAGGUGUCCGCUUCCCCCCCCAGCAUUCCCGUGGGCUCUCUGAAAGUCUCCGCUCAGCCCGUCUCCAAGGGGGAUUCCGCAAAUCUCCUGCUGAGCUCCUUGAAGCAGACAGGGUCCAGCACGUCCAAGGCAGCGGCAGUGGGCUUCCCGGCAAACAUGUAUCCCGAUGUGUAUCCAGCUGUGAGACUGUCCGUGGUUCUGGAAGCCCUGGUGCCGCUGAAAACCACGGCGUCCUGUUUGGAGUCCAAGUACACGCGAGGGCGGCUUGGGAUCUCGCCCUCGGACCUUAAACUCCUCAAGAAUUCCAGUCCACCAAGGCAGUUUCCUUCAGGCAAGAGCACUAAAAUAACUGAAAGCAAGGGGUACAAGUGUUCGGUGAAGAAAGCACCAGAUUCUGCCACCCACGCUUUAAACCUCCUGAAGGCACCAAAGGGUGGAGUGCUGCAGGAGAGCAAUGCCUGCAAGGCCUCGGGAAUUCUCAACGGGAGAGUCACAGGCAGCUCAUCCCAGGGCUGCACCACAGCACCACAGCCCAAGACCCUGAAAAUCAGAGAUAAGGAAGCUCUGGUGGGAAAAAGAGAGUGGAAGGACAGCAGCAGUUACCGGGAGAGCGUUGGGCAGAAGAAGAGAAGAGCUACAGAGGCAAGAGAAGCACCACAGAGGAAAAAAGCAAAUACCAUUCCUGUCCGAAAGGAAACUAGACGGGCUCAGAGCACUUUGAACCUACUGAAAUUCCGGACCAUCAAGGUGGGCAACUCCUCAUCUGACGAUGAAGUGAGGAGGAGAGCACAGAAGAUUCUUAGGGUCAACCUAUCACCCGUGAUUCGAAUUCAGCCCUUGUCCCACUCUCACAGUGUCCCCUGAGUUUCUUCACUUUGUCACUUUUUUUUUGUAAGUAAGUAAAUACGAGCCUGGCACCAGA